AUGUUAAAACUAAUUGUUUUAAAUUACAUUUUGUUAAUUUAUUGUUUUAAUAUUGUUGAUGGAAGUGGAGAAGGGUCUAACGAAGAAAAUGAUGAGUUUUUCGAAACAAAGGAAGAAUUCGACAUUUCUUCCGAAAUAGAUGAAAUUGAUCAACAUGUAAAGAAUCAAAUUGCUUGGAUUUUAGAAAAUGCUCGUAAAUGUGAUGAACAAGAGAAAUGUGUAAAUAUGUUUUUGAAUGAUAUGGCGAUGUUUAAUGAUCUAGCCCGAGUUGGAGGAAUUGCUGCAUUAUGCGACAACAUGAAGAGUGAGGAAGGCAAAAUUGGGAAUCCAAUCAGGGAACUUCUCAAUGGAGGAAUUAACAAUAAUGACGCUAAAUCUCGUUUGAAUCUUUAUACCAAAUGCGUUGAUAAUUUUUUCACUAAAGAUAGAGGACUUUUUCAAAUGAAAAAUUCAAAACCUCACGAAUUAUCGGAGAUUAACGAAAAACUUCUCCGAUCAUUUCUGCUUACCAAACCGUUGUAUAUUGCAACUACAAUGUACGAAUCAAUUCAAAAUAAAGACACAAAUGCUUUAUUAGAAAUUGUUUCCACUCAAAAAUUAGAGGAUUUAAAUGUGGCAAUGAAGAUAAUGAUAGCUCUUCAUCCAGAUUUAAAAUUGGUUAAAAUGGUCAAUGAAAAAGUCGAUUUUAAAGAGUUUUCAAAGGGUCAAAUUCCGUUCGAUGCUGAUCAACUUGAUCAGUUUUUAAAUUGGCGUUUUGAUCCAAACUGUAAUGAAAAGCCAAUAGAAAACAAGAUUGGAUGGUUAAACAAUCCAAUGAAAGAGAUUCGGAAUUAUAUAAAAAAUUUUAAGCAAAGGUGCCUGGAGAACCCUACUAUUUCCGACUAUAUAGUAAUAUUGGAAAAUAAAAAAACACGAAAUAAUUUCUUUCUUAUGCGUUUCAAUUGCGCGAUGAAAGCUUUUGAAAAUCAAAAACAAGAUAAAACAUCUUUACAUGUGGAUGACUUGAUCCGAACACUUAUUCUCUCAUAUAGCAAUGAUGAGGAAAGCAUUACUCAUCUAAUGAAAGUAAAUGAAAGGAAAGAGCUUGAAGACAAAAUAAACAAUGCUAAUUUUAAUCUUCAAGGAUGGAAUGACAAAGUUUUUAAAUACGCGUGCAAACGCUUUUUAAAUCUUGAAAAUGCUUCCCAAGUCAUGUCCUACAAUCGAUUCAUUGAACAUUAUGGAGAAAACAUUGUAGCAUUCACAAAUGCCUUAACAAGUGUUGAAAAUCUUUUUAACAUUAAAAUUGAUAAGAAGAAAGUCAAAAUUUCAAAUGAUAAAAUGUUUAUUGAUCUAAAUAAAGUGCCUGGCUCUUCUGUUGUCAAAAAUCUUAUUGAAGAAAUCAAUAAUGAUAUUUUGGACAAGUUAGAUUCGAAGUCAUUUGGAAGAAUUAAGAUAAACAACCAAAAAAUGGAAGAUUUGAUCGCAUUCAGCUCAAAUUAUCUGUAUGCAAAAUAUUUAGCAUUAGCUCUAGCGUUGAAUCAAGCUGUAGGGAAAGGAGAUGAUAAAGAGAACAAAAAUAAAUUAAUUUCAUUAAAAAUAUCUGACGAGCAAUUAGACAAGAUUAAGUCAAUUAAUUUUGAUUCAAUCAAGAAAUUGUUGGAUAAAAUGUCUAUUAAAUUGUUUGACAAAUAUAAGGGAAGUAAAUCGAAUCAAAACAGUGAUUUUGUUAAUGAUUUGAUCAAUGAAAUGAUAAAUUUGAUUAAUGAUGUUGAUUUUAAAUUAAGUGGAGAUUCCGGUAAUGAUUACUCAGCAGAUUUUGUUGAUUUUCGAGCAAUACAGCUUUUUGAUAAUGGGGAGAACAAAAGUUUUGUGGAUCGUUUAAUUGAGAAAAUAUUCAAUUAUUUGAAGAGACCAAUUGAUUGGAUAAGAAAUAAAGCUUCAAACAGCAAAAACAUUGUGUUCCUAAAUGAGUUUAAACAAAUUAAUUCGUUUGUGGUUGUUAUUGAAAAUUUUAUUACGAAGAAAACAUCCAUAGAAAAGCUCUAUUUUAAACUCAGUAAAAUCAAGAAGAAUGGAGAAAAUCUGUCGGAGAAAUUACAAGUAUUUCUCAAUAAUUUCGUCAAAAAUUUGAACGAUAAAAACAAAUUAAGAGAAGAAUUUUUAGACUUAUUUCCAUAUUUAACAGCCUUCGGCAAUGCUUUAAAAAUAAAUAAAAAUCACAAGGAAAUAGGUUUAUCAAAAAAGGAUGUCGACAGAGCUCCAGACAAUUUAAAUAAAAUGACAAAGAAUGAACUUAAAAAGUUUAUUGAUGGAAUAGUUAAAUAUAUUAAGGAAUUUUCGAGUAAUAUUAAAAGUAAAUUGGCUGAAAAUUUUGUUGAAAAUGAGAAAAAUAAUUGGCCAAAUUUGAAAUAUUUUAUGCCUAAAAUAUAUGUAUGUUGGUUUAAAUUUAUUUAA